UCCAAAACAGAGGGUGAAGGUGAAAAGUUUUACACAAACCCAUAUUAAUGUCCGAAAUUUCAGUGUCUUAUUGCGGCUAAAAACACUUCAGCUUUGGUUUUUGAAACCCACCAACAAGCAAAAGUCUUCUUCUGUGUUGUUAGCUUUCACAAGCUCCAAUGGCUAUUACGGCAUUUUCUAACUCCAGCAUUGAAUCUGGGUUCUCCCCUGCUCAGCAGAAGAACAUGGAGCUCGUUGCUGCUGGUGAGAAGAAGCCAAAGAGGUGCAAUUCUCGUGGUGUUCGGAUUGUGGGAAGCAGAAUCUACGAUUCUGAUAAUGGAAAAACUUGCCACCAGUGCCGCCAGAAAACACGGGAUUUUUGUGCUUCGUGCAAGAAUUUGAAGAAUGGGAAGCCCUGUUCCAUUAAAUUCUGUCACAAGUGCCUCCUCAAUAGGUAUGGAGAAGAUGCCGAAAAGGCAGAGCAGUUGGACAAUUGGGCUUGUCCAAAGUGUAGAAACAUUUGCAACUGCAGUUUUUGCAGGAAGAAAAAAGGCGAAUUACCUACUGGUCCACUGUUUCAUACAGCUAAGGCAACUGGGUUUAAAUCCGUGUCUGAAAUGCUUGUUGCAAACACAUCUAAGUAUAACGAGAUGGGAUCCAUCAUGGAGCAUGAACACGUUAGUAGUUCAAGUUUUGAUGAAGUGCUAGCUUGCAAAGGUGCUUCACCCAUGAAACCAAUUGCGUCGGAGAAGGACCUUGUAGUAUUUCUCUCGGGGGAAGUGGAGAAGGAAAACUCUUCACAAACGAACAGUAGUUUACAGCUUGACCCCGUAAACACUCAGAGGAAUUCUACCAAAAUAUCUAAGAAGACGGCGCGUGAAGAAUUAAAGGAAAUAUGUAAUGCAAAGAAUGGUGAUAAUGCUGGCAAAAAGAAGAGCUACAAAAAGCGUAAAAUUUGCCAAGAAGUUCCAAAUGAGGAAAAAGGGAACGCAAAUGAUGACACCAGAGCUUGUAGCAAAGUCGCUGAAAAGGAAACAAAGGAACAUAGAAAUCAUCACCUUAUUUCUGUGGAUCCUGCAAAUGAUUUCAUUGAUCCAAUGACUUCGACCCCAAAGAAAAAUGUGCAACAUAUGCACGCUGAAAAUUGGAACUGUACUGUGCCGAUAGAUAGUUGUGCUGGUGCCGAAGUCCAAGUGGAAAUGGCAAGGUUUGCUAGUGUUGGUAUGAACUCUGUGAUGGAUAAAACUGAAGAGGAAAUUCCUUUGCCUCUUGGAGCGGAGUUAACAAAAGUAUUGGACAUUGAGCUUCCACCUGAAAAUGUUGGGAAUGCACUGCAGCUCCUAGAGUUUUGCAGAGUAUUCGGCAAGGCUCUUGAUUUGAAGAAUGGAGAGGCUGAGGCCAUGUUACGAGAAUUGAUACGUAAGCAAAAUUUACGUCGAGGACAAAACAACUUGGUGGUUCAAUUUCAAAUUAGAAUGUUGACCCUCAUAUUUAAUGAUUCAGAAAAUGAGUAUCCAUCCUUGACUGCCAGCGAUGGAAGUAAUUCAUGGUUGAAAGCGCUGAAAGAUUUAAUAGCUGAAUCUGAUUAUAUAAUGAAGGAUUUUCCUUUGGAUUGGCUUGAAGAAGGUGCAAGUGGAUAUCACAACUUGGAUUUGUCUAGGAAGCUCACUUUGCUGAAUUUUCUUUGUGACGAAGCUUUGGGCACUGAAAAAUUGAGGUGUUGUAUUGAAGAUCAAAAUGCAAAACAUGCAGAAGAUGUGAAAGAAGCAAAAUCCAAGGUUGCUGAAGCUGUGGACAAGGAGAAGGGUCUUAGGAAGAAAUUGCAGUCAGAGACGGUUAACGGUAUUAUGCUAAAGGUGACUCCACUUCAAAUGGAGAAGCAUAAUGCUCUACUUACAAAGCUAAAAAGUGAAGUGGUUCAAGCUCAUGAUGAGGUGUUGAAGUUAAAGGGUGCACUUCCAAAAGAGAAACGUGGUUCUGAUGCCAUGAGAAUAAAGCCCGAGUUUGUGGACAACGAUGGAAAGGUAUUUUGGAAGUUGAAAAGUUAUAACGAUGAAAGCAGUGUUCUUUUGCAAGAUGUGAAAAUGCAAGACGAAACUGCUUCUUCAUCUGAAGAAAAAUGGUUUGUUUAUGGUCCUGAGAAGAAGGAAGAGGUUGAUAAGUAUAUUCACUCAAGGGCUAAAAGACUCAAAAGCCACAAAGGUUAAGAGUAAUAGCAUAAUUGUUGGCCAAAACGCAUUGUUUGAGGUAGAUUCAUAUAGGUAUUGGUGGACAUCUUUCUAUGCUCGACCAUUUUUGAUUGAGAGUUGAGUAGGUUCCCCGUUUUUUGUGUUCUUUGUAUAAAUGGAAGCAUUAUUGUGAUAUACAAUCAUGUAGUACGAUUGUAAAGUUGAUGAUAAUGCUAAAACUUGAAAAAGAAUAUGAACUUGUUGUAUCUUGUUGUAGUGAAUAAUAAAGCUAGAAGUUUAUUUUUUAUAGAAACAAGAGAAACAUAGGUUUUGAUGUAAUUACCAUUCUUAGUAAUCUUAUUCUUCAUUUAACUAGUUAGA